GGACCUUGUCAUGGUUUCUGGUAUGAGAAAAAUAGUCCCUCUCUUCUUUUUGACAUGAAAUCUCCAUUUUCUCUCAGUUCCAUCCAUUUCUUCCAUUCCAGUUUUUUCUUCACACAAAUUCACUGAGGUCCAUAUCAAGAAUUGUGUCUCUUCAUAUCGUAGCUAUGGAAAAUUACACCAUUUGAAGGUACAGACCUUGCUCGAGUGGGUCUCUCUCCAUAGGGGUUGGAGUGUUAGGAGAGCUCAAAUUCAUAAUACCCAGAAGCGAGAAUUCUGAGAAUGAAACAGUUACAUAAGCAAUCGAGCGUGAAUCACAGACGGGAUGAGGAGAUCGCGACAACAGGGACGACAUCUCCAUACUCGCCCAAAACCCUAAAACACCCCAGAUCGCUACCCAGAUCGAUCAAUUACCUCUUCAAAGAACAGAGGCUGCUCUUUAUCCUUGUGGGUAUUUUGAUUGGGUCCACAUUCUUCAUUCUCCAGCCGACCUUGUCUCGCAUUGGACCCUCCGACUCCAAUUCCGGGAUAGCCCAAUCUGUUCAGGGCGGUGUGGGAAUGACCCAUGAUCAGGUUUCAGUUACAUCGUUUUUCGGUAGCGGUCAAAGUGGGGGGCCGGGGAAGGUGGGUGGUCGGGUUCCGGUAGCACUCAGGCAACGGAGGUUGAGGAUUGUGGUGACUGGUGGAGCUGGUUUCGUGGGGAGCCACCUUGUUGAUAAUCUCAUUGAUCGAGGAAAUGAUGUGAUUGUGAUCGAUAAUUUCUUUACCGGGAGGAAGCAGAAUGUGGUGCACCAUUUUGGGAAUGCUCGGUUCGAGCUUAUUCGUCAUGAUGUGGUUGAGCCUAUACUCUUGGAGGUGGAUCAGAUCUAUCAUUUGGCUUGCCCAGCAUCACCAGUCCAUUAUAAGUACAAUCCUGUUAAGACAAUCAUAUCUAAUGUGAUGGGUACCCUAAACAUGCUUGGUCUUGCAAAGAGGAUUGGGGCCAGGUUUCUGCUCACAAGUACAAGUGAGGUUUAUGGUGAUCCACUUGAGCAUCCACAGAAAGAGACUUAUUGGGGAAAUGUAAAUCCAAUAGGUGAGAGAAGCUGCUAUGAUGAAGGAAAGCGGACUGCAGAAACCUUGGCAAUGGAUUACCAUCGAGGUGCAGAUGUUGAGGUGCGCAUUGCUCGCAUCUUUAAUACUUAUGGGCCUCGUAUGUGUUUAGAUGAUGGGCGAGUUGUGAGCAAUUUUGUUGCGCAGGCUAUCCGCAAAGAACCAUUGACUGUUUAUGGGGAUGGUAAACAAACACGAAGCUUCCAAUAUGUCUCCGACUUGGUUGAUGGACUGGUUGCUUUAAUGGAAGGCGAACAUGUGGGUCCUUUCAACCUUGGUAAUCCUGGGGAGUUCACUAUGCUAGAACUUGCAGAGGUUGUCAAAGAAACGAUUGAUUCAAGUGCAAAUAUAGAAUUCAAGCCAAAUACUGCAGAUGAUCCACAUAAGAGAAAACCUGAUAUUAGCAAGGCAAAGGAGCUGCUGAACUGGGAGCCAAAGAUUCCACUAAGGGAGGGUCUGCCUCUUAUGGUGAAUGAUUUCAGAAACCGCAUUUUGAAUGAAGACGAAGGCAAAGGGCUCAAAUAAGAGAAGGGAACGUAUUACUUUAUGUAUAGUGUAGUAAGGGCAUAUCUGUAUCUUAUCCCAUUCCUUCAAUUUUCUCAGUUAUCACUGGCCUCAUUCCUUGAAAAAUUCAAUCAAACUGCCACUCUGGAAAGAUAUUUCUGGUGGCUAUCUUCAUUUUGUGCUUCAUUAGCACUAUAGCAGUGGUUUACAUUUUGUUUUUUCUAUCAAAUUUUGGAUGACAUUAUUUCACACUAUUCUUCUGGCACUGAAUCAGUGGUAAAGUCUAUACUUGUAUUCA